GUGGGGCUUAUAAAAAAAAUAAAAAUAAAAAUAAAAAACCCUUCCCACUAACAGUGUCGUUGUUGAAGAAGAAGAUCGAAUCGAAACGCAAAUUUUUGUUUUCUGUUUCUGAUCAAAGAAUGAUUCUGAGGAGGAAGAAGAUGGGGCCCUUCUUCUUCUGUUGAUUUCAUGGCCACCUCUCAAUCCCAGCAUCGCUGCGUUUUCGUUGGGAAUAUACCGUAUGAUGCCACGGAGGAACAGUUGAUUGAAAUCUGUCAGGAGGUUGGCCCUGUAGUCUCAUUUAGAUUGGUUAUUGAUAGAGAAACUGGGAAACCGAAAGGUUAUGGAUUCUGCGAGUAUAAGGAUGAAGAGACAGCUUUAAGUGCUCGACGAAAUCUUCAGGGUUAUGAAAUUAAUGGGCGGCAAUUACGUGUUGAUUUUGCUGAAAAUGAUAAAGGGAAUGAUAGAAAUAGAGAACAGGGUCGUGGUGGGCCUGGAAUGAUAACAAAUGCUGAUCCUCACAAACAAGUAGGUGGCCCAGCUGUACAUGGGGAAGCGGUUCAGCAUCAACCUAUUGGUCUUCAUAUUGCCAUAACAGCUGCAGCUGUCAUGACAGCAGCUCUAGGUGGUGCUCAAUUUGGCAUCCAGUCAAAUCAAAAUAGUUUGCAGAGUCAGUCAGCGUUGGCACAUGAUCCUUUAACUCUGCACCUUGCCAAAAUGUCCAGGAGUCAGCUCACUGAGAUUAUCUCUGAGCUCAAGGGAAUGGCUACACAGAACAAGGAACUGGCUUGCCAGUUGUUACUUUCGAGGCCACAAUUGCCCAAGGCUCUUUUUCAGGCUCAGAUAAUGCUAGGAAUGGUGACUGCUCAAGUGUUACAAAUGCCAAACCUUAGGAUGGUUUCAGAUCAAAACUCACAGUCUUCAAUGAAUGGAGGUCAGGUGGGUCAACCCACGUUGGUUCAAACUCUGUCUGGCCUUCCUCCUCAUGGGCAGAGCAAAUUACAGGCUGGUUUGACACCUUAUGUUCAUGAAGGCCAAGUCAGCACCAUACCUCAUAAUCCUUUGGCUCCAAAUCAAUUAACUGCACUUCCAAAGCCUCCAGUGCAGCCUCGAAUUCCCCUUCAGCAACAUCCAAGCAACCUUGUACAGCCAGGAACAUUGUCAGGGCAGUCUAAUUUAAUGCUUCCUUCUGUGCGUCCCCAGGGGUCUUUGGGCAGUUUGUCUGUCAGGCCUCCAAUUCAACCGGCAACUUCAACUGCAUUGAACCAGAAAAUGCAUGCUUCUAUGUUACAGCAUUCCACACAUGUUGGAAACUCAACUGUAGGACGUAAUAACAUCCAAAUUGUUAGUCCAGAUACAAGCUUUCAGCCUGGCCCCUCCGUAUCAACAGCUAAAACUAUGAUUCGUGAUUCUUCAGAGUCUUUUGCUCGCCCAUCAAAGCUCAUGAAGUUGGAUGAGGGACGGAACACCUCUAUUUCUGCAGGGAUUUCAGACAUGCCUGUCACCGAUGGAUCAUCCAAUAUCCUUGGGAGUAGCUCAUUGCCUGCACAUGCAGCUCCUAAAGCAGAAGUUCGGCAAUCUGAGCAACAAUCUUCUCAGUCUCAGCUUCCACCUAAUGUGGAGUCUGUUUUGCUGCAACAAGUAUUGAAUCUAACGCCUGAGCAAUUGAGUUCCUUGCCACCAGAGCAGCAACAGCAGGUCAUUCAGCUCCAGCAGGCUCUUCGGCGAGAUCAGAUGCAGCCUUCAUAACAGUCAGGAACUCACGAACAGUGCAGUUAGCAACAACUUGUAUAUUAGCAUUUGCUGUAGAUUAGACUCGGAAUAUCAAAAUUCUUUUCAGCACUGUCGCUUUUUUUAUAAUUUGUUUUCUAAUUCCUUGUCCAAAUAUUUAAUGUAGCAUUGAGGAGCUCCACACGGCCGCAUAUAAAAUCCUUUAGAAGAGAUAAUUUGUACAAUAAUUAUUUAAACGAUAAAAAUUUUGCCGUUGAAAUACCUGUGGUGUGGGCUUGACUAUCUUUGCUUUGUCAUUUGAGCUAUUAUUAUAUAUAAGCGUAUGCUUGAAUAUAUUUCUCUUG